AUGGGAGAACGCGAUGUACAGGAGACGGCCGCCCCUCGCGGGGAGAAGGCUAUGCAUGACAAGGGAUGCGACGAUGCUGCAGAGAUGUUCAAUGGCGACUUGGUGGUGGAGUACAGCGCAAGAGAAGAGAGUAUCGUCCGCUGGAAGCUUGAUCUGUCACUCGUCCCCAUGCGCCUUGUAGGUCAACAAUACAGCUGGUCCAACUCUAUAUUCUACUUCGGCUUCUUGGUCUGGCAGUACCCCAACUCUAUAUUCAUGCAGCGACUACCAAUUGGCCGCUGGAUAGGAGGCAUGGUAUUCCUCUGGGGUGUAUGUGUCGCAGCCACGGCGGGAGUCACCAAUUUCGCUACGCUGGCCGUCGCCCGGUUCUUCCUGGGCGUCUUCGAAGCAUCAAACAACCCCGUGUUUACCCUUCUAGUCAGCCAGUACUAUACCAGACAGGAACAUGCAUUGCGAGCGUGCUUAUGGUGGGCCGGUGGUCCGAUAGCAGCAUUUAUCGGUGAUGGCGUGUCCAACGGAAUUGGCCAUUUCCAUGGUGCAUUGAGCAGAUGGCAAUACCUGUAUCUGAUCUUUGGUCCCAUUACAAUGGCCUGGGGAAUGUUUCUCUUUUUCGCUAUGCCCUCCUCCCCAAUGACUGCGUGGUUUUUGACCCCCCGGGAAAGGCAGAUCGCGGUUGUCAGGGUCUUGCAAAAUCAUACCGGAUUGAAGAACCGGCAGUAUAAAAAAUACCAAGUCAUAGAAUGCUUCCGCGACCCCCAGGUGUUGAUGCUCUUUGCCAUUGUGUUCCUUCAAUGCAUUCCUGGUGGCGGACUGACUGCUUUCAACAAGAUCAUUCUCACAGGGCUUGGCUACUCAAGCGUCGAAUCGACUGUGGUUGCUAUGCCCGAGCAUGCGAUUCAGCUGGUCUCAGUACUACUCGCUGGCGGAGUCUGUUCCGUUAUUGGCAAAGGACGAUGCAUCGCGAUGAUUCUGAGUAACAUUUGCGUGCUGGUUGGGAGUGUGCUACUCUACACUCUGCCCGCGGAAAGAAAGAUGUCACGUCUCGGCGCAGUUUACUCGCUCCUCACAUGUACUGUUUCAUACAUCAUGUGCAUGUCAAUGAUUUCAUCCAAUGUAGCUGGAUUCACUAAGAAGAUGACAGCAAGUGUCGUGAUUUUUAUUGGUUAUUGUGUUGGCCAAAUUAUUACGCCGCAGUUCUUUAUCACCGCAGAAGCACCAACAUAUCCCACAGGUUUCCGGGCAUAUUUCGUCACCGCGUCGAUGAUGAUUGUCAUACAAGCUGCUUUGAUGAUGUAUCUUACAAAUGAAAAUCGACGUCGUGAUAAACGCAGCGAAGCAACGGUUAUCGCAGACGAGGGUAACCAACAUCACAUCUUAGAGACUGAUUUGAUGGAUUUGACAGAUUGGGAGCAGCCGAACUUCCGAUAUACUUGGUGA